AUGGCCGCCGCGGCCUCCUCCUACUUCGCCGGCCCGGCCAUCCUGCCGUCGCAGCGCGCUGCCGCGGCGCCCGACAAUUCCGCCGUCGCCACCCCUUCUCCGGCCAAGCAGUCGCGUGACCCCCGCUUCUCCGGAUGCGCCCCGACCACCGUGCGUCACAUCGCCCGCUCCUUCGCCGCCGCCGACGCCACUGGUGGCGGCGACCCUGUCAUCUCCAUUGACGGCGUCGACGCCACCAACGCUUGGAUUCUGGGGAGGGCGGUGAGCGUGGUGAACAUGGAGGUUGGCGUGUCAUUCACGCUCGACGACGGCACUGGGAAGAUCCCUCUAGUGCGGUGGAUCACUGAUGAUAUUGAUGCUAAGGAAGUGUCUUUCGUCCAGAAUGGUUUGUACCUCAAGGUUCAAGUUACUCUUGUAGGGUUUAAAGCUAAGCAGCAUAGUUUUGCUCGUUCUAUUAGGCACUUCAUUGAGUGUAUGUAUGUGCAUUUGGUAAAUGUCCGGCCAAAGUUUUCAGCUUACCCAAGUACUGGUGGACAACAGCACGAUCUGCAGAGUAGGGUUUUGGAGGUUAUGCAACAACCAGAUAUACUGGUCACUGCCCAGCGUCUGGUCGAUUUGGCCUGCCUCUAUUCCACUAUUGAUGAAUAUCAUUUCAAGUCUCUUUUAAAUGGUUGA